AUGUGCUCCGAAACUACAAGUUUCAUUGUAUUGCCGACAGAAGUGAGCAAAACUAUAGAUCCAUAUGUGGAUUUAGGUAACUUGCUUAUCAUUGAUAAUGAUCCACUAGUGGAUGAAGGCGUAACGAAAUUGGUAAGUGAACAAAAUCUAACAGCUAGAGUUCGAGACAAUGCACAAAUUUUAUUCAAUAAAAUAUGGGAACUUGAACAAAAACGUGUUGAUGAGGCUAUUUGUGUAACAUUACCGAAACCAUUACUGCGUCUUCCUCGAGAAAAACCUAUACCGAAGAAACGUGAGCUAACUAAAUGGGAGCAAUAUGCGCAAGAAAAAGGAAUAAGAAAAAGAAAAAAAGAUCGAAAAGUAUUUGACAAUCAAACUGGAGAGUGGAAAGAGAGAUAUGGUUAUAAAAGAGCUCAUGUUAAUGAUGGAAAAGAUUGGUUAAUCGAGAUUCCAGAUAAUAAAGAUCCAAUGAUUGAUUACUUCGAAGAACGACAAAAAGCUAAGAUGGAAAGAGUAAACAAAAAUGAAAUGCAACGUCUGCGUAAUAUUUCUCGUUCAAGAAAUAUGAUUAUCUCAUCAGCAAAUGCGACUCCACUUGGAAUUGGCAAAAGUUUAAAUGAUCGAAGCAGGCAUGAGCUAGUUAACCAAAUAAGUCGAGCAAAGUAUGCUACUGCAUCUUACGGUGUUUUUCAACCCGAAAUCAAAAACGAAAAGAAAUUGUUAAAAACGGGUAAACAUCAUAAGUACGAACCAAACGAAGCAGAUGUUUCUAAUGAAAAGAAAAAGCAAUUGGAAAUUCUGAAUAGGUUGUCUUCCAAAAAUACUAUCUUGAAUGAAACACGUUUGGCAGCAAGUCAGCAGGGAAAUAUUUCUCAGCAGCAUGCGGAUAAAAAGCAAUAUAAAGGGACGAAACGGUCAAAAUCGGAGGUCCAUCGACAACAGCAUUUCCAGAAUAAGGUUAAAAAAAUGAAGAAAACACGUGGUAAUAGCGUGAAGCAGAAGAAAGGACAAGGCAAGAGAAGUGCUCGCUCAUCGUAA